CAAAGUUAUUUAAUCUUACCACUAUUACUUCUUUUUCAUUUAAGGCUUGCAUUGAUGAUAAUUUAGAAAUGGUUGAAUUUCUAAUCGAACAUGGCGCUGAUAUAAACAGACAAGAUAACGAAGGUUGGACGCCGCUACACGCCACAGCCUCAUGCGGCUUUGUGAGCAUAGCCCGCUAUUUGGUUGAGCAUGACGCCGAUCCGGCCGCUGUAAAUAGCGACGGUGACUUGGCCGUGGACUUGGCUGUCGAUAUACAACAUUUGCCGAUGAUGGAUUUCAUGCAAAAGGUGAUGACUGAACACAAUAUCGACUGUGAGAAGGCGCGACAGGCGGAGGAGCAGCUAAUGUUGAGUGAUGCCAAAAAAUGGUUGCGCAGUGAUGCGUCCGAAGUGGAUCGGCCGCAUCCAAAAACUGGUGCCACAGCGUUGCAUGUUGCAGCCGCAAAGGGUUAUACUAAGGUUAUAAGUUUACUACUCGCCGGACGUGCUAAUGUCGAUAAACAGGACAAUGACGGCUGGACGCCGUUGCAUGCUGCAUCACAUUGGGGCCAAAAGGAGGCAGCCGAGAUGCUCGUCAAUGCUAUGGCCGAUAUGGACGUGCGCAAUUAUGCCGGUCAGACGUGCAUCGAUGUGGCCGAUCGGAAAAUGGCUAAAUUCUUGGAGGAGUUGCGUAGCACCAGCAAUAAACGUGUCAAACGUCGUCCUUCUAGUCAAAUCAGAAUCUCAGAUAAAAUUGAAAAUCACAUUGACAAUACACCAACUAAAAUUAUACGAGUGGAAGUGAAGUCGGAUCAGUCGAAGGACCAGGCAAAUGCUUCCAUAUCCGAUAUUGAACUGCCAAUGAUCGAUAGUAGUGAUCAACUGGAUCAAGCCCAUAAUCUAGCGCGUAUAGCUGAAUAUGAUGAAACCGAUUCUGAACUCACCGACUCAACAGAGAGCUCACAUUCGACCAGCCUAUCCGAACCUGAAGAUGAAAAAUCUAAACAACCGACUGAUUCAUCCACAGACAACCAACCUGUUGAAGAAGAGGCGCCAUGGCGACGCAAUAGUUUGGCACGUGUGCGCACACAAAAUGAAAGUCCAACGA